AUGGACUCCACAACCCCACCACCACUACCACCACCCCGCCCCACAAAAGGGCUCAACUUCAAACGCGCCUUCAAAUCCGCUACACGCCUUCCCGUCCCGAAAGGCCUAGGUUUCAAAAGUGGAUCGGGGCGUAACAAUUUCUCGCCUGCCCCCGGAGAACUCCCCAUCGUCAUAUGCAAGAUCCAAAUCAUCGGAUGUACCCAGCUCUUGGCGAAGGAUAGGAAUGGCGCUAGCGAUCCAUUCGUCGUCGUUUCGGUUCUGUCGAUGCGUCACCAAACCCCCGUCGCCAAACGGACUUUGAACCCCGUGUAUAACCCCAAAGACGCAACGUUCGAAUUCCCGCUCUACCUCUCCCUAGCUGAUAAGCUCGUUGGGGUGGAGUUGGUGGUAUGGGAUAAGGACAUGUUAUCGAAGGAGUAUCUAGGCGAGGUGGCUUUGUCUUUGGAAUCUUGGUUCAGAGGCGAGGGCGAGGAGAAUGUUUUGGGGUUUGAUGAGCCUGGAAAUAAGCCUUUUUCUGUCGACCUCUUAUCGACGCGACCCAAUACAGCUGCUACGGGUAGCAUUCAGCUCAAGAUUGGAUUCAUCCCCCCGCAUGGAACGCAUAACCUUUUAGAGUACGAUGAGAUUUACGGAGAGUUCGUUAAGCGCUCUAGGCCUUCUUUGGUCUCGACUCCUGCUACAGAAGGCGUCGGCACCAUCCGCUCGCAUCACGCCAACGGGAACCAAUACGCUUUCCAAGACGACGGAGGGCUCUCUUCAGACGACGAAGAUGACGAAGAGGAAGGCGAAGACGAAUUCGUCGAUGCCCACGAAGAUCAAGGCGCUAUCACCAACAACCUCCCUCUCACAGAGCUAUACACACCACCAACACCAACCGAAGCCGACAAAGCAUUACCACCGCUCGUCACCGCUGCUACCACGGGAAUCAGGCCUCCCCCACCCGAACUCAUCAUUCAGCCAAGUUCUCCCGGUGGUAGUACGACGCCUACACACAGCGCAGCCCUCAAAACAGCCACGCCACUCACGCAGCCGACGCCAAAAGCGACGAGUGGUGGGUUCAUGCCCAAAAUGAAGUUUACGAGGAAGAUAUCGGGGCUUACUGGGAUUGGUGGUGGUGAGGGUGGGACGAAGGCUCAAUCCCGCUCGAGGAGUGCGUCGCCUGUUCCUCGUCCUCCUGCUUCCCCUGUGCCUUCUUCGCCUGGGCUGGGGAUUGAUGGAGGGGAUGUGGGUGCUGGUGGGAAGAAGAAGAGGUUCAGUAGGAAGAGUAGUGAGGCGUACAAGUUUGGUUCGGAGGCUAAUGACGUUGUGGGGAUUGUUAUGCUUGAGAACCAGGGUGCUGUUGAUUUGCCGAGGUUCAAGAAUCUGACGCGAACAGUAUGGGACAUGGAUCCCUUCGUCGUCGUCUCCUUCGGCAAAAAGGUGUUCCGAACCCGCGUCAUAAGACACUCACGUAACCCCGUCUGGGACGAGAAGCUCUUAUUCCACGUUCGUCGGUACGAAAUGUCGUUCAAGGUCACUUUGGCCAUCUUGGAUUGGGAUAAGCUUUCGUCGAGUGAUUAUGUUGGGGACGUGAGUUUUGAUGUUGGGGGCUUGGUGGAAAGUGCGCCGCAGCCUGAUCCAGUUACGGGGUUAUAUGCCGUCGAUGAGGGGGAGAUCAUCCUAUGGUGGAUUAUAGGCUUCCGUUGGUGGGGAGUUCGUCUUGGGAGGGCAAGUCUGGUCCUAUUUUGA